AGUCCACUGAGAUCAUUUCUUUGGGUUGCAUUUCGUCCUGUUGACCAAACUCCCUAUCGGCUCUAUAUAUUUUCACAAAUCUCCGUGCUAUUGCAAAACGUUAUUUUAUAGCGCCGUUAACUAACUGCAGCGUUAUAGAUGACGAAGGUGUUGGGAAUAAUUCUUUCUUUUCUGCGUUUAACUUUGCACAAUCUGGACGCUGCUCUGCUGCGCUUCUGACGUCGCCGAGCUUGGAGCUCCGCUCCUUCCCAUUAUUGUCAGCGAGCCGAGCGAUGCGACUGCUGGCCGCCCAGUAGACCCCCUAGUCCGUGUGCACCCACCAGAACACCACCCCAGGCACAAUACGGAAAGAUAGACACGAAGACAGGUCCUGCUUGUCUCGGCGACGUGGGUUUUAAUGCUUUAGUUAAUCUAGAAGUAUCAGGCAGAGUCUGGAGGGGGGGGCAGCAAACCUGGGAAGCGACCGACAGGGAGAAAGGAUAGUGAAGGGUGUAUUCGGAUUUUGCGAAACGGAAGCAGUGAAAUCGUCUAACCAUGGGAUGUACGCUGAGCGCUGAAGAAAGGGCGGCUUUGGAUAGGAGCAAAGCGAUCGAGAAGAACCUGAAGGAGGAUGGAAUCACUGCUGCAAAAGACGUGAAAUUACUCCUGCUUGGCGCAGGGGAGUCUGGAAAAAGCACCAUCGUAAAGCAGAUGAAGAUUAUUCAUGAAGAUGGCUUCUCCGGCGACGAUGUGAAGCAGUACAAACCUGUGGUCUUCAGCAACACCAUUCAGUCACUAGCAGCCAUCGUCCGUGCCAUGGACACACUGGGCCUGGAGUAUGGAGACAAAGAGAGAAGGGCAGAUGCUAAGAUGGUGUGUGAUGUGGUCAGUCGCAUGGAGGAUACCGAGCCCUACUCCCCAGAACUGUUGGCUGCAAUGAUACGCCUUUGGGCUGAUUCGGGAAUACAGGAGUGCUUCAACCGUGCUCGUGAAUACCAGCUCAAUGACUCUGCCCAGUACUACCUUGACAGCCUGGACCGAAUAGGAGCUGCAGAUUAUCAGCCCACAGAGCAGGACAUCCUCAGAACCCGAGUCAAGACCACUGGAAUCGUAGAAACACAUUUUACUUUUAAGAACCUGCACUUCAGGUUGUUUGAUGUUGGAGGUCAGAGGUCAGAGAGGAAGAAGUGGAUCCAUUGCUUUGAAGACGUGACCGCCAUUAUAUUCUGUGUGGCUCUCAGUGGGUACGACCAGGUGUUACAUGAGGAUGAGACGACAAACCGCAUGCACGAGUCCCUCAUGCUCUUCGAUUCCAUCUGUAACAACAAAUUCUUCAUUGACACGUCCAUCAUUCUCUUCCUCAACAAGAAAGACCUGUUUGCAGAAAAGAUUAAAAAGUCGGCCCUCAGCAUCUGUUUCCCAGAAUACACAGGCCCCAACACGUAUGACGAUGCAGCUGCCUAUAUUCAGACGCAGUUUGAGAGCAAGAACCGUUCACCCAAUAAGGAGAUCUACUGUCACAUGACAUGCGCGACAGAUACAGGGAAUAUCCAGGUGGUGUUCGAUGCCGUCACUGACAUCAUCAUCGCCAACAAUUUGCGAGGCUGCGGCCUCUAUUGAGUUAGCAGUCUCUGUCACCUGAUUCUUUUAGUAAAAAUUAUUAUUGAAAUGCAAGUUGGUAAACAACUAUAAUCAUACUUUUUAAAAAGGCACAUAUCUUAUAUAUAUAAGAAUGUUUCAGUUUUCCACAAAGAGAUGCCAAAAGAACUGAGUCAAUAUGUAAAUCCAGACAUUACAGUUUUAGGACAAAUUUAGGACAAAUGUAUGUUUUAUUUGUCUGUCUGUCUUGCUGACUGUCUGUUUUUUGUCUUCUACUUUGUUACACAUCUUUUUAUUACUGUUUAUGUAAUAUUGUGUAUAAUAAUGACAUGAAUAUAAAUCAGAAGUGUAACCUGGCAACAUUUUGUCUCAAGAUGCUUUGUAUUGGAUAAGUAACACAUUAGUACAAUAGAAGUACACAGAGUAACAUUUGAAAAAUACCCAGUGGCUUUCAGAGUGAUGUAAGACGCAUCGCGGGCAUGAUUUUAGAGAAGCCUGAUUAGCUAUAUUAGAAUGUUAACUUAUUAUUUUUUUAUGUCUCUUUUUAUGACAAAGACGGUCACCAUGUCAUCUUUGAUCUGUUUGUAAUGUGUGGAUCAAUAAGCGCAGUCCUGACAAAGAGCUCAGUCUUCGCUCUCGGUUCCGGAGUGCUGUCAGUUGGUUUCCCACACAAUGCUCAUCCGCAAAGUACAUUUCUGUAACGUGUCAUAUUAGUGCCAAGAAAAAAAAAACAGGCCUGGGAAAGGAACCUGAAGCACCAGGAUACCGUCUCAGGAACCUGUUAAUCUUGUCACUAAGGAAACACUUGUUUAUUUUUUUCAUUGUAGGAAAUGCAUGAAUUAAAAUAUUUUGAGGCCCCCACCCUUACAGCCAUACUGCCGUUCCCAUUCAUCUGCUGUCUUCUGUCUGCCCUAAGGCAGAUCCCACCAUUAUUCCUCACAGACGACACAAUCUUUUGCCUACGACAUAUAUGCUCGAAUGAAAAUACGUGGGAAAUUAGACAAAAUACGCAAGGAAAGUGCAUGAACCAAAAGCAUGAUGUUGGUGGGAAACCACUGACCGCCAGCUAUUCUGGCCAGAAAGUGACAGAUUGGGGAAUGUGCUUUUCGAAGCUUUGGUAGAACACCAUAGAUACAGUCUUACUAGUUUAAAAAUGAAUGAUGAUUAUUACAUGUACUGUGAUUUGUAACUAAAGAUUUUUUUUCUCCCCCUUGCCUGUGAGUGUUUGAGGUUUCUCGAAGUCACUCUGCACAUCUCACUGACUUGCCAAUGUUGAUGUUAACCGUGCUGAAUCUUUUGCCUGUUUACCCUACACUAUCUUUGGGAAAUGAAAAAAGCAUGUGGUGAUGUGGUGAUGUGGUGAUCCUGUGCAUUUGUUCUGCUCUGGGACCUUCCAGACUGCACAACAGAAGACAUUUGCACUCACUGGAUAAAGGGAGACGAGCCCUUCUUCCCUGAGACCUUCGCAUUCCUGUACAGCUGUUUCCACUUUUUCGUUCUCUAUUCAUUCUUCCCAGUGAAUAUUUUUGUGCUCCUUCCCUUCACUUUUAUAUGAAAGGCUGUUUUUCUGUGUGGGAUGUUUGUCUUGAAAAACAGGGCAAACAUAGUGUUUAAAUUAAAAAUCCAGUUUUCAUUACAA